AUGACCGGACUCACGCGCUUCCUCUCCCGCCCCGUCAACAAGCCCUACCGCACAAAAGACCUCGACCACACGGAACCGCCCUUCCUCAACGACCAAGGCCUCCUCGCCUUCUCGCCAAAUGACAUCGAGAACCCGCAAAACUGGUCCACCCCCCGACGCAUCACCGUCACGAUAUGCGCCGUCAUGCUCGUCAUGAACGCGACGUUCGCAUCCAGCGCCCCCAGCGGGUGCAUCCCCUCCAUCGCCAAGGACUUCGACAUAUCAACUGAAGCGGCGGCACUCACAAUCACCCUCUUCCUGCUGGGCUACUGCGCCGGGCCGCUGCUCUUCGCGCCGCUGAGCGAGCUCUACGGCCGGCGGUGGAUCUUCUACAUCUCCUUCACUAUGUACAUCGCCUUCAACUUCCUGUGCGCGUUUGCCCCCAACUUCGGCAGCCUUCUGGUCGGGCGGUUCCUCACGGGGACGCUCGUCUCCGCCCCGUUGAGCAACUCGCCUGGUGUGCUGGCCGAUAUCUGGAGUCCGCUGGAGCGGGCCAACGCCAUGGCUCUUUUCUCGACCAUGGUCUGGAUCGGUCCGGCGCUAGGCCCUGUUGUUGCAGGCUUUCUGGAGCUCAAGAAAGAUUGGCACUGGGCUUUCUACGUGCUCAUCUGGUUGGGAGCAGGAACAUGGAUCAUCAUGCUCACCAUUCCAGAGACUCACGGUCCAACUAUCCUCCUUCACAAGGCGAGGCGUGUGAGAAAGGCGAAGCUACCCGGGUAUGAAGACGUCAAGGCCCCUGCUGAGAUGCAGGACCGAUCUAUCAAGAGCGUCUUUAGCGUUGCCCUAACCAGACCCUGGAUUAUUCUAUUCGACCCUAUUUCACUACUGUGCGCAAUCUAUCUUGCGGUGGUGUAUAUGCUUCUGUAUAUGCUCUUCAGCAUCUACCCCAUUGUAUUCCAAGAACGUCGCGGAUGGAACUCCGGCGUAGGAGAACUACCCCUUAUCGGAACAGUAGUCGGUGCUGUCCUCGGCGGCGCCAUCGUCCUCUACGACACCAAACGACGCUCCAACAAGAUCAAACGAGGCGAGCUCAAGGUCGAACUCAUGGAGCCAGAGGAUCGUCUUCCCCUAGCCAUGGUUGGCGGUAUUGGUUUCGCAGCAGCCAUGUUCUGGUUCGCAUGGACAGCCGAGUUCAAUUCCGUACAUUGGAUCGUGCCCACCAUUGCGGGCGGCCUCCUCUCCACGUUCAUGCUCCUCAUCUUCGUAGCAUACCUCAACUAUCUCGUCGACGUAUACCUCAUGUACGCUGCCUCCGCCAUCGCCGCCAACACAAUCGCCCGAUCUGCCUGCGGUGCCGCUGCGCCCCUCUUCACCAACCAGAUGUUUCAUGCGCUGGGCGUCGGCGGCGGCGGUAGUCUUGUCGCCGGCGUGGCUACGCUUCUUGCGGUUGUGCCGUUCGUGUUCUACAAGUACGGCAAGGCAAUCCGCAUUCGAAGCAAGUUUGCUCCUACGAACACGAAGGAGAAGCGUCGUGUUGAGGAUGAAGAGGCCAAUCCAACUGAUUUUGCUGGUCAAAGCUCCUCUGAAGUCGAUAGCUCUACUGAUGUGGAAUCAUCACACUCGUCUGUUCACGAUGAGAAGGCUAAAGAACAAAAUCUGUCUACUGGCACUGGGGUUUUGUCUCCGCACGAGCCAGUAACAUCUGAUUCAAAAGCAGCAAAAGCAUAG